AUGUCGCAGGCCUCGUUGAUCAUAGCAUUAGUAGGACUUUUAUCAUCAUUGGCGGCAUGUUUCAUUAAUAUUUUUAUGCUAACAAAAAUGGAAAGAAAGAAAAAAGACAUGAUUCUUUUCUACUUUCGCAUUUUCCUGGACAUGGUUAUUGGAGCACUGGUUGCUUUGUUUUUGUUAAUUGGAAUAAUUAACACAUCAUCUCCUAUUCAAUUUUCCGAAAUGCAAAGUUUGAUGUUUUAUUUGGGCCUUGCGAGUUCAAAUCUAGUCACAGUCAGAUCAAUCAUCGUACUAUCCGUUUCCACAGAAAGAGCAGUUGCCACAUAUAUGCCGAUGUUUUUCUACAAAUAUCACGAACAAAGCCCCAGAAUUUCAAUAAUUCUCAUAGCUGUUUCAUUCGGAAUGUUCGAGUCCCUCGUACUUUUUGUAUUUUGCUCUUUUGAACUUAACCUCUCGGCAUCAUGCGCAGCUAUGGGCUGUGCAACAGCUUCCCAAUACAUGCUUCUCCACUUACUGGUCCAAUCAAAAGCUGGUAAUACUUGCACCAACGGUCGUGUUCGGGAUUCUUCUGUGCGCAAAAUUGUAUUCUUUGUAAAGAUCCGGAAAAACGGGGAAUAAUGAAUCUUCUCAGAUCAAUCGUCUCGCUCUCAUCGAUGUUGCCAAUGUCUGUCUAUCGGACUUUUUUCCAUUCAUAGUGAAGCAACUUUCUGUCUUGAAGAUUUUCGAAUUACAAGAUAUUGGUCCCUAUGGAGUGGCAAUAAAAAUGGUCGGAUGCCUGAUAGAAGCUCUGCUGUUCUGCAGAACCUUGAGGAAAAAUAA